UUCCUUUCGGGUGUUGGAACCAAGGAACCUUCGUCCUCCGCAACGCGCUCUGGAAAUCUGCAUUCCAGUUCGACGCGUAUAUAUACUUUAUUUCUGGGUUACUCGCUCGUCUCUCUCGUUGGUAAGAUGGGUUUAAGCUUCACUCCUUGAGAACCCUACAACUCUGUUCUCGAAGGUUUCAAGAUUUAGACAGGCCUGGGCUAUCGACCUUGCCAAAUGAUUACCACUUUCAGUUAUUCUUUAUGAAAGUUGUUUUUCUUCUCAUCCUAUUUAUAUAUAAAAGGUAAAAUAAAAGCCUUCUGUUUUAUGGGAAAAUCACUUCCUUCUACGACCAGGCUACAAGAAUUCGCUAAAGUUACAUCAGAGAAGUUUAAGGGCCCGAAACACACGAAACCCAUACAGAAAAGCAGUUCAUUUUCGCCGGAAAUAGCAAAAUCAGGCUGUGGCGGCGGAGCAUCUAAGCAUUUGAAGUUGACAAUGGAGAACCCAGAGAGGCAGACCCGUGUGCCGUUGUCGGAGGUGGUCUCUGAUUGCGUUAAGCGGUGGUUUCAGGACACGCUCAAGGAGGCCAAGGCCGGUGAUAGCGCCAUGCAAAUCCUGGUGGGUCAGAUGUAUUACAGCGGUUAUGGAGUUCCCAGAGAUGCCCAGAAGGGAAGAGCUUGGAUUACAAGAGCUUCCAAGAGCCGAUCUUCUGCAUGGAAGGUUAGCGAUAAACAUCCAGGUUAUAAUGCAAGUGAUUCAGAUUCAGAAGAGGAAGUGAAAGGUGAUGCAAAAUAAAGAUUAUUUGGGCUUUGAGGAUGAAAGAAAAAGUUUAAAAGCUUACGAGUUAGAGCUGUGCCAAAUCACCAUUUUCAAUCAUUUCCUUUGGCUUUUCCCCCCGUUUCCAGAUAUUCCAUCUGUUAAAAGACGAACACAUUGUUUGCAAGUGUGUAAUCAAUCAUACCUUUCUUUGAUGGUUUAGAAUCCUGAUCCAUCAAAUUCUAUCCAUGUUUUGCAUUGUUUGUUAAACAAUAACCAUUCUUUUGAGUUUUUGAUCCAUCUAA